GAGGCAAUAUCUGGACUCCGGACGCCCCUUGUUCUUUUUGCCCCAUUAUAGGGAGGGGCUUUCCUAAAAGAGGCGGGGCGUGGAGUUGUAGAAAGGAGUCAGAAGGCUCCUUCCAUAUCGAAGAGCGAUUCUCGGGGCGCAGGUGCAGUAUCUGAAAUCUUUGCUUCAGACCUCGGAUGCUUCUUAGUUCCAGUUUAUUGUUUCUUCUCCGUGGCUUUCCUCGUUUACUCCAUUCUACUGCAAUGAGCACCAUUACUGGUACAUUUCAACUGCAGCAACCUCUCAACUACCGAGAAGGUACCCGUCACCAGCCUGUGGAUGGGGAUCACAGUGAGGAGAUCUAUGAACCGGCAACUGGCAGAGUUAUUGGGAACUUACUCUUCUCUGGUGAGAAGGAGAUAGAUCUGGCUGUAAAGAGUGCACAUGCUGCUUUCAAAAUAUGGAGUCAGAAAUCAGGCAUGGAACGGAGCAACAUUCUGCUGGAGGCAGCCCGAAUUAUCCGGGAAAGAAGAGAAGAGAUUGCCACCAUAGAAACAAUCAACAAUGGGAAAUCCAUCUUUGAAGCUCUCAUAGACAUUGAUAUAUCUUGGCAGUGCCUGCAGUAUUAUGCUGGUCUAGCUGGUUCCUUAGCAGGUCAACAUGUCCAGCUCCCUGAGGGAUCCUUUGCUUAUACUAGAAGAGAACCUCUUGGAGUCUGUGUAGGGAUAGGGGCUUGGAACUACCCUUUUCAGAUUGCCUGCUGGAAAUCAGCCCCUGCUUUGGCCUGUGGUAAUGCCAUGGUCUUCAAGCCUUCUCCCUUCACCCCCAUCUCUAUUGUGCUACUGGCAGAGAUCUACAAUAAGGCUGGUGUCCCUAAGGGACUUUUCAAUGUGGUGCAGGGUGGAGCUGCCACAGGCCAAUUCCUGUGCCAGCACCCAGAUGUGGCCAAAGUCUCAUUCACGGGGAGUGUGCCCACAGGUAUUAAGAUUAUGGAAAUUGCAGCCAAAGGGAUCAAACCUGUUACUUUAGAGUUAGGAGGAAAGUCUCCCCUCAUUAUCUUCUCUGACUGUGUAUUGGAUAAUGCUGUGAAAGGAGCCCUCAUGGCUAAUUUCCUUACCCAGGGUGAGGUUUGCUGCAAUGGUACCCGGGUAUUUGUACAACGAGCAGUCCUGGAAGCCUUCAUCAAAGAAGUUGUGAAACAGACUCAGAACAUCAAAAUUGGUGACCCCCUGUUGCAAGAUACAAGGAUGGGAGCACUUAUCAACAAAGCACACCUGGAGAAAGUCUUGAGUUUUGUUAAACAAGCAAAGGAGCAGGGUGCAGAAGUCCUGUGUGGAGGGGAUGCAUUUGUGCCAGAUGAUCCCGGUCUGAAAAAUGGCUUUUAUAUGUCUCCUUGUGUCUUAGGAAACUGUAAGGAUACCAUGACAUGUGUAAAAGAAGAGAUUUUUGGACCAGUCAUGUCUAUUCUAUCCUUUGACACAGAAGAAGAGGUCUUAGAGAGAGCCAACAAUACCCAUUUUGGCCUGGCAGGAGGCGUCUUCACCAGAGAUAUCCAGCGUGCCCACAGAAUAGCAGCUGGUCUCCAGGCUGGUAUGUGCUUCAUCAACAACUAUAAUGUCAGUCCUGUGGAGCUUCCCUUUGGAGGAUACAAGAUGUCAGGAUUUGGACGAGAGAAUGGCAAAGCAGCAAUUGAAUACUAUUCCCAGCUGAAAACAAUCUUUGUGGAAAUGGGAAAUGUAGAAUCAGCAUUCUAAUGGCUCUAGUCUAGUUGCUUCUGGCCUACCUUUCCUGCACAUAGGUUCUUCAAGUGUUAUGUUCUCCAAGAGAUGUCUCCAAGAACAGUUGACUGUGCUAUUUUAAUAGUAUUUCUUAUUGGCUUCAAGCAAAUUGUAUAUCAUUUGGCCACUCCAAACAGAAAUACUUGAAAAUAUAUUUAUGAAGUAAUUAUCAAGCAUUAACAGCGAUAUACUUCAUUUUUUACUACAACAGGUUUACAGCCCCAAUUGGAUUUUAGAGCCAAUCAAACCCUCAAAUGUGGCUUUUUCUGACUUUGAAUAGAAAGCUUGCAAUUUAUUUUUACAACCCCUCUACCAUAUCCCAAAGUCUGGCACUUUCUACAUUGAGACUACAACUCUCAUGAUGCUCAGCCAGCAAGACAACACUGGGACUUCUUCUGGGUCCUUUAGGAGAAUCUAGAAACACACAAAGCAGUUUAAAGUAUGUUGAGAGUAACAUUCUCUUACUCCAAAUAUCCUGCAACAGGCUAUAAUCUCCAUCCCUCCCAUUUUUUCAUCUGACACUCUCCUUUCUGCUUUAAGGUAUGAGAAGUUUUAUAUUAAAAUAUAUUUUGUCCUUUAUACUGUUUCCUAUUAAAAUAUUAACAGAAUCCACAAUGGUCUGAGAAUCAGUGUCUUCACUAAAUAAUUGACAGUCAAGCUGAAAUUAAAUUAAUCAAGUAAAAAUAACAAAUGGGGAAAAUCUUUUAAUCAAAUUUUCUCAAGCCUCCAAAAUUACCCACACCUAAUGCACAUAUCAAAGGAUAAGGUCUAACAAUUAGAGUUAAUUAAAUUAGGUCUCCCAGCGGAACUCCAUAUUCACAAGAAUAAACCUCACAGACAUGCCUACACACACCCUCAAGUAUCACCCUAGAAUCAGUACCUACACACUUCCACACCCAGAACAAGCUCCCUAUUAGACUGGUUGCUGUGCCCCAUUUUUCUGGAGCUGCCCCUAAAAGCAAACUGUUUGCUUUUAGGAAUAAUUUAUUUUAUUAUUUAUUUAUUUAUUAUUUAAAUUUCUAUACCACCCUUCUCCCAAAGGCGGUUUACAGCCAAAAUAAAACAAUCAAUAUAAAAGUUAAAACCAAUUUAAAAGCAAAGAUUCAAAGUUGGCUGGACCAAUUAAAACCAAUAAAAAACCCCAUCUAAAACCAUUAGGCCAGUCCUGCGCGAUGAAAUAGAAAUGUUUUCAGCUCGCGUCUAAAGGUCCAGAGAUUGGGGAGUUGACGAAUACCCGGUGGUAGCUCAUUCCAGAGGGUUGGUGCCCCCACAGAGAAGGCCCUCCCCCUGGGGGUCGCCAGCCGACACUGUCUGGCCGACGGCACCCUGAGGAGACCCUCCCUAUGGGAGCGCACUGGUCGAUGGGAGGCCGCCGGUAGCAGCAGGCGGUCCCGUAAAUAACCCAGUCCUAUGCCAUGGAGCGCUUUAAAGGUGGUAACCAACACUUUGAAUUGCACCCGAAAGACCACCGGAAGCCAGUGCAGCCUGCGCAAGAGGGGUGUUAUAUGGGAGCAACAAGUCGCUCCCUCUAUCACCUGCGUGGCCGCAUUCUGAACCAGUUGGAGUCUUCGGGUACUCUUCAAGGGGAGCCCCAUGUAGAGAGCGUUGCAGUAGUCGAGACGGGAAGUGACGAGGGCAUGAGUGACUGUGCAUAAGGAAUCCUGGUCUAAGAAGAAGAACUGGCGAAUCAGGCGAACCUGAUAAAAAGUUCCUCUGGCGACGGCCGUCAUAUGCUCUUCCAAUGACAGCCGUGCAUCCAGAAGGACGCCCAGAUUGCGGACCCUCUCUGUGGGGGCCAAUGACUCAUCCCCCACAGUCAGCGAUGGCCUCAGCUGAUUAUACCGGGAUGCCAGCAUCCACAGCCACUCGGUCUUGGCAGGGUUGAGUCAGAGCCUGUUUUUCCCCAUCCAGACCCGCACGGCCUCCAGACACCAGGACAUCACUUUAACGGCUUCGCUGGGAUGGUUAGGGGUGAAAAUGGACAGCUGAGUAUCAUCAGCGUACAGAUGACACCGCACCCCAAAUAUUUCUUCUUUCCUCACAGCUGUCUGGAUCUCAUUUUGAUUUAUUCUUGUGCAAUCUCGGCUGGAGUUGGAACCCCAAAUUAUUAUUCUGAGAAAGGGAAGCCACUUUUUAAAGUUCUAAAAGUGUUAAGUAUGGAACGAACUUCCCCUCGGACUUCGACAAUUACCUGACCUUAGGACCUUUCGCUGCGAACUUAAAACUUAUUUAUUUCGUAUGGCUGGACUAGCCUGAUUUUUAUUUUUAUUGGAUGGGUUUUUAAAAUUUUGUUAUUUUACGGGGGAGUACGUUUUUUAACAUUUUUGGGCAUUUGAAUUAGUUUUUUAAGGGAUGUUUUUAAUUACUGUGUGUAUUUAUAUUUUAUCUGCCUGUUCACCGCCCUGAGUCCUUCGGGAGAAGGGCGGUAUACAAAUUAAAAUAUUAUUAUUAUUAUUA